GCGCUGUGGUGCGCUGCACGCAGGCUUCCCCCAGCAGGUGGCACCGGGAUCCCAGGCGCCGCCGGAGCCGCCGCUUAGUCAGUGCCACACGCGAGCCAUUGAUUUGCUUCCCCUCGUCCGUCCGCCCCCCUCCCUUCCCUCUCCUUCCCUCGCUAUACGCGCACCCCUUGCUAGGCUGAAGCCGGCAAGGCUUUUCCUCUUCCCUUCCUAACAAGGGGGCCGGGGAGAGGGGUGGGGGACACGGCAGCCCCUCUUCAAAGUUUGGAACUGGAUGUGGGGAAGACUGGAGCUGAGGCGUGGGAGAAAGUCUGGAGCCAACUUGUCUCAGUUUCCCCCCUUCUUUCUCUUUCUCUGCACUUGGAACUGAAAUCACCCAGUUCCAGUUUUAUUUUUGCUGAUUAAAGAGCCGGACCUUGGUCUUCCUUGCUUGGGUGACUGCUGUACCCAACCCUCUCUCUUACUCACUCACUCACUCAUCCCAUUUGAUUUCUCCUUCCUUUCUUCCUCCUUCCUCCCUCUUGUUCACACUAUGGAGUUUACUGAGAGGAAGAGAAGCAGGAAAUCCCAAAGCUUUAAACUGAUAAAUCAAGAUUAUCAUCACGAGGCAUACAAGAUCUCUGACUACAGUAAUGAUGUUAAUGGGGAGGCCAAAGAAGCGCAACCAUUUUAUUUAGGAGAUGAAAGCCGGGAAAUUAAAAAACAAAUUACAGGGAUGAGAAGAUUACUGAAUGACAGCACUGGAAGAAUAUAUCAGCGAAUUGGCAAAGAAGGAGAAAAACUGAAGGAAGAACCCCAGGACUUAGAUUUGGCCUGGGAUCAGCGUCUGAAUCCUCCUGCAGAAACACAAACAAAUCUCCAUCCAUCUCAGAGUGGUACUUGGAAUGAAUUAUCUCCCCAAACUAGCCAGUAUUCAGGGCAGUAUGGAACUCGGUCCAAAACUUUCCAGAAUCAAGCUAGAACCAUUGGUUCAAAUGGAGAAAUUCCGGCGGCUAAUUCCUCCUCUGGCUCAAAUUGUUGUACUUGCAAUUGCCAACCAGCAUUGCAGGCCAUUCUUCAGGAGCUUAAGACUAUGAGAAAAAUAAUGCAGAUUCAAGCAGUUGCUGCUCAUAACAGACAACAGCCUCCAGUUCCUCUGAUUUGUGCACAGAAAUCAACCUUGUCAAGAAAGAGAAAUAAAAAGAAAAAAAUAUCCCCAAAGACUAUUGAACCUCUUACUGUGAAUAAGAAGCCUAACACUGUAGAGAAUGAAAAAAAGCUACCAGCAAAUUCUGAAAAGUCAGGUGUGGAGGCAGCUGAAUCUUCCUUGAAAUUGGAACCACAGGUUUCAGGAUUUGGCAUUGUCCUCGAAUCUUCUUCUUCAGAUCCAGAAGUACAACUUGCUGAAGGCUUUGACGUCUUUAUGCCUAAAUCGCAACUGGACUCUAUAUUAGCAAAUUACACUCGCUCAGGAAGCCUGCUAUUUCGAAAGCUGGUGUGUGCAUUCUUUGAUGAUAAGACCUUGGCCAACUCUUUACCCAAUGGCAAGAGGAAAAGAGGUCUCAAUGACAACCGAAAAGGACUCGACCAAAAUAUUGUGGGUGCAAUAAAAGUGUUCACAGAAAAAUACUGCACUGCAAACCAUGUGGAUAAACUCCCUGGCCCAAGAGACUGGGUACAGAUUCUGCAGGAUCAAAUCAAACUGGCAAGACGACGGUUAAAAAGAGGUUCUGCAGAGACAACUGAGUGUGAUGAGAAACUGGACAUUUCUCUACUACAAACAGGUAACCUCUUUGAAACCACACAUUCUGCAUCAGUGUUUCAUUAGCAGAUCCAGACAUCUUUACAUUUGAGCGGGGUACCAGCAGCAUUUCCAGACUUCUUCUGUAUCUGUGUUCUACUCUGUCAUGGCCUCAGUCUAAGUUUUUUCAUGCUUUUGUAACAUGGCAUAACAAAGCCACUAAAUUAUUUGUUUAUUUUAAUCAAAAUAGGCUUGUUCAGCAGCAAGGAUAUAGUGCGGUUAGUCUGGUAACAACUGUAAUAGAACAAAUUUUGCCUUUAUGAUUGCAUUUUCCUACAUAAAUAUAUGCAUGCUGGAUAUUCCAUUUUCAGUUAAACAGAGAAAAAUAAACACAGAAGCCUCUCUUUCUCUCAGGAGCAAGCUCUGAAGGACCCCAUUUUAUAUUGGCUUUUUGUGCAGAAAUCUCAGGGCCAAAAAGCUACUAAGAAGUUUAAUGAAUCAUUAAUCCUCAUCUGUUUUGAAGACAUACACUCUCUUCCCCCCUCGGGUAAAGAUGGCAAAUUGCCAAGUAUUCCUCUCAGAAUAAAAUACACUAUCAGUGUAUUUGGCCAUUUAAAAAAAUCCACUGAUACCAAUAUAUUACCUGGUAUUUUGUCAAGAACAAGUAUUGGUGAAUGUGUAAUGAAUUGUUCUUGAUACUGAGAUUCCUCAAACUUUUUAUUUUGCAGAUCUCUCACCUCUCACCUGACUUUACAGUCUGGCAGUUAAGUCUUGUGCUUCCCCAAAAAGAUUAUUUCAAGAAUUAUUGCUGCCAGUAGUCUCCAAAGCACUUUUAUAUAUACAGCUUUUCUGUAAUAUUUGCAUGAGAUGUAGGGAAUAUACCAUUCCAGUUUGAGUGGUGGUUGGUUGGUUUUCACACAUGCUCAUGGCUUCCUCUGAUGCCUAAUUUCUCCACUCAGAUCCAUUGGGUGGAGGAAAAUUACCCUUGAGAAGCAUAGCUAGCAUCUCAGUUCAACCUAAAGGAAAAGAAAUUUAUCACACCUUCUCCCUGACCUGGGUGGGUUCACACACUUGCUCAACUAAGGAUAAUUCUGCAAGGGAAGGAGUGGGGUGCAUGUAAUCUACUCCACUGCCCAUACAAGACAUAGCGUGAAAUGGGUACUGCAUUCAUAUUAUUUAUUUAUUUGUUGCAUUUAUAUCCCGCCUUUUUCCCUCCAAGGAACCCAACGCAGCGUACGUAAUCCUCUUCUCCAUUUUUAUCCUCACAACAACCACCCUGUGAGGUAGGUUGGGCUUGAGAGUCUGUGACUGGCCCAAAGUUACCCAGUGGGUUUCAAUGGCCAAGUAGGGAUUAGAACCUGGAUCUCCCAACUCCCAGUCCAACACUUCAGCCACUACACCACACUGGCUCUCACUAUGCAUUCAUAGGCAUAGGAAUAUGUAGACUUGAUUUCCAUAAUCCCCCAAUCUUUAACGAGGGGAAGGAAUUAU